AUGUUCAAGAAGCAGCCACUCAGUAUGUAUCAGUCUUCGUAUCGUUCGUUUUGCUCUUGUCCACACCCAAGCUGCCUAGAGGAGCGGGACAGUGGCCGUGGGUGCCAAGUACCUCUUUCGUGCCAAAACUCAAGCGAAUCUCACCUGCGAUUACAAGCCAGUUCACUACAGCUACAGAUGGAACGGGACUCAGGCGUUUACUCCAAAGCAGAUCCCUCGGCCUUCAUUCCAUCUGCAUUCGGCAUUAUUUCGAGACCCUCUCGAUUUUAUGUUCCCUCGGCUCACUGUAAUCUCUCCAGCCAACAGAUAAUUUUUCCAUUCAGUCAAACAUCUCACAGCAGACAGCAUGGUAAGUAACUUUAUUUAAAACAUUCUUUUUCUUGAAUUCUUCGUUUCUUUAUUCUGAAUUUACAUGUACCUCUUUUAUUAACGUAAGUAUUGUUGUUUUCAUUAUCAUCUUUACGAUGUACAAUGUUGAAACUUCAAGCUCAGAUUUAGUGAUAUUGUACUGUUGCGUGGCGCGGUAAAUAAACAAUGAAUUUGCGAUUUCCCGAACAGUUUGAAUUCUGUGUUGGUCCUUUUUGUUCUUGGCGUACACUUUUCAAAAACUAUCAUAGCAAUUAUUUUGUAAUGUAUUCAUAUUUAGACAAAAGAAGUCAUAAUAAGUUGUUUUAGACAGAAACAAAAGCACAAUACUCAGGAAGAGAAAGUAAAAUAACAAACUCGAAUCCAGACCUAUUAACACAGUUUUUAGGGGGCGAGGAAAGACACAGCUUUUCUGUUCAUAAGUACAAGACCCUAUGCUUUCUCUGGAUUGACUCAGUUCCAGUUGCUUCUUAGGCGGGCGAUCUUCGAAUUGGUUGUGCCUUGAGCCUGGUCCAUAAAACUCAACAACGUUUUCUUUAAACCACGUGCACCGUCACGUUACUGGGUGUUUUGAUGGAAAAUCAGCUCAAGAGAAAGUGUAAAAGCAGUAAAGGACCCAAGGACCUUAGGGAAGGCUUGGAACAUCAUUUUUGACAAUCUAUCACACAUAAGAUGAUAAUUUUCAGGUCAAUUGUGGUGAAAAGCUAAUAUACAUUUACAAGUUUUUUUUUAUCAAAGACAAAAAAAGGUCUGUAAUUUGAAAGAAUUACAGACCAAUUGCAAAUUGUGUAUAUGGCAAAUAGAUGGAACAAAACGUUUUCGCUUAAUUGAAGUCAUUAUUCAAGAGAUUUAAGGUCAAAUUGAUAAACCAUAGACAAAACCGAGAGCAUAAUUAUCAUUAAGGCUUCCAUCUUCAGUCUGCAACUGGGUAUGCACUUAUGUACUUGAAUCUUUUCUGUUCGUUAGCAAUAUGAUCAAAAAAAAAAACAAAAAUUCAACAAUUAACCAAAAUUAGAGCUAUUAUUUUUAAGUAUAUUUCAAUAGAGCUGUUGACGUCCUCUUUUUGUCAGGUAACCUGGUUAUUGGACUAAGAGACAAACCGGAGAUAAAGAAGCGUCGUAAACGAACCAUUUUCACUUCAGAUCAGUUAAACCGGCUAGAAUCAGCUUUUGAUCGUCAGCAGUAUCUUGUCGGUACAGAGAGAGAGCGUCUUGCCAGGGAGUUAAAUCUCUCCCAGACUCAGGUCAAGAUUUGGUUCCAGAACAGAAGAAUUAAAUGGAGGAAGGAACAUUUGUAUGCUGGACAUGAAGAUGGUCAAGGGGAAAAUAACAUUAUGAGCCAAAGACUCUAG